UUUCGCGAAGGCACAAGGAAAGGGUCUCGAGGUGAGCCCAAUCAGCCAGUUGCGAUCUGGGCAUCUUUGGGGCGAGAGCCUUUGCGCAGGUCCUCGUCGAGUAGUGUGGCGUGAGAUCGGAUUCGCUAUCUUUUGUAAUCUUGUGAAUAUAAAGUAUAUUUUUUUACUGGAGACGUUUGUGGCAUUUAGACGUGUUCUGCAUCGUUUAGAAAAAUAAAAAGGGGGGGAAAUCCAUUUUUUAAAAUAAGAUCCUCGAAUUUGGGGAAACACUGAAAGAAACUGUCCUAGUUGGAAAGAAAUGGUGCUUUUUUCGUGAAAUAGAAAGAAAUAAGAAAACAAGAAGAGAAAUACCAUAACAAACAGAAGAGAGAGAAAAAAAACUGAAAAUACAACGAGGAAACCCCUCCUCCUAAAAAUACAUACAUUCAUAUUUUUCUUUUUUUAAUAUUCGAAAAAGAAGAAGAAAAAAAGAAUAAACAAAACAAAAUGCCCACCCACUUCACCCCUCCUUCCUCCACCUCCUCGUCCUCCCACUUCUUCCCCCGCCUCCUCCUCCACUUCCCCCUCUUCCUCCUCCUCCUCCUCCUCGUGGUCGUCUCUCCCCGCACGACCCUCGCCCAGGACACCAAGGACGACCUCGAACUCACGCUCCUCCACCUGAACGACUUCCACGCGCGGUUCGAGGAGACUAACGUGUACUCCGGCCGCUGCACCGAGGGCGACCGGGAGAAGAACAGGUGCUACGGGGGGUUCCACAGGAUCAGCACCAGCCUCCAGCACUUCCGCAGCACCAAGCCCAACGUGCUGUUCCUCGCCGCCGGAGACUACUACCAAGGGACGGUCUGGUACACGAUUCACAAGUGGCGCGCGCUCGCCCACUUCCUCAACCUCAUCGGACAGGACGCCAUGGUGAAGUCCAGAGAUGAGGUGGAUACACAGUGGAGUAGCGCGCGUGUGAGCUCCCAUGUGGACGUCUAUGUGUUAAUAAGGGCGCUUGUAAACAAACUGUGCCGUUUUGGAGCGAAUCUCAUCCGACACAGAAGGUCAAGAUCCUCACCCAAUACCCUAGAGAAAUAUGCAAAUUAUUAG